UGAUAACUCCAGUGUGUAAAUAUUUAAGAUGAUUAAUUAUUCCAAACAAAGACAUACGAAGAGCAAUUUGAGACAAUGGUUUUUAAAAGUUUAUGUCUUUUAAAAGUUAACGUCUCCGGACAUUUUAUUUUAUUAGAGAAUGCUUAAAUAUAGAUAAAGAUCGCAUUAUAGCAACUUUUUAAUGCCACGAUUAAAUAUACGACAGCAGUGGCAAAAUGACAGUUCCCAAAGCGAUGGAAAAAAAAAAAAAAAAAAAGUUAAAAGAAGAAAAGACUGUCACGGAGAAAAAGAAAGGUUACCCAGCAAAUUAAUUAUGAUAAGACAGCCAUUAAUUUUACAAAUUUUAACGAGUUUUAACGAGACCAUCUCUCAACGCCAUUUAUGCCAUGUGUUUGCCACGUAAUAAAGCGAGAAAAGCGCCUUAUUAUUGAAAUUACGGCAAGCGACAGCAGGAAGAGUGAAUGUUGCGCUUGGAUCCACCCCGCUCGCCUAUACCCAGCCCGGCAAACACGCCGCACCGCACUACCCGGGUGCGCCAAAAAGCCGGUGAAACCGUCAGUCGAAGCUCAACCGGACGCUAGAAAUAUUUAUGCUGGGACACGCCUGCCAACGUCACGUGAACGUGAACAUCCCCUUGGCACGCAAUGGCGGCGGCAGGUCGUUCCAGCACCGCGACGCAGCGAAUCUGAAGGAGCCUCGAAAUGCUACAGUGCGAUGUCUUGGAGUGGCAAAGACGUGGGUGCACUGCCUCCUUGGAUAUCCGCUGUAGACCCACUCCAGCUUUAGGAACAGCAAUAUCCUACAUUGGAACAACCUGUGAUAGUGUGAAAUUGUAUCACCGCUGGGAAUUAUCAGUACCGAACCAACAACAACGAGACAAAAAAGCGAUAAAUGAAG